AUGUUUACAACAAGUUAUGGAAAUCCCUUAACCCCAAGUACACCACCACAUAUAAAAGCAAAUCCAUACGUUAAACUGGAAAAUGAACAAUUCAAGACCUUUAUUCAGCUUGAUUAUCCACUUGAAUUGUAUGCUAAAGAAAUAUCAAUCCAAACACAGACUUUGGAAGAGUAUGGUAAAGAAGUCUCAGAAUUCAUGAUUCGCUUAUGUGAGAAUUCAAAACCGAAUAUGGAGUUAUAUAGACAACAGCCAUACCUUACAUUUUCAAUAAGAUUAAAGUUGAUUGACUUCUUAUUGAAAAUGACAAUAAGAUUGAAGAUUUUACCAUUUGUGUUUUUCAGAGCAGUCAAACUUUUUGAUAGAUAUUGUUCAAAAAGGAUAGUAUUGCUAGAUCAAUCCCAGUUGAUAGUGGUUACAUGUCUUUGGAUAGCUUCAAAGAUUCAAGGAGGAAAUAAUCAUUUUGUUAAUUUAAACAAUAAUACUACUAAGAUUAAGACCAUUAAUGAUAUUGGUUAUGGAUGCGGUGGGAAAUAUUUAGGACCAACAGAAAGAUUCAGAUUACCUAAAUUACACGAAUUGGUUAAAUUAUGUGGCGCUAAGUGUAAAUAUGAUGCCAGCAUGUUUAAGCAAAUGGAAUUGCAUGUCUUAAAUACAUUAGAAUGGUCGUUGAAUGAACCUUAUGUUGAAGAAUUUAUAGUUCAAAGUUUUGAAUUUAAUAACUUCAAUAGCAUUGACAAUGAGUUUUUUAAAGUCAAGGAAUUUUUAAGUUACUUGUCAUUAUACUCGUAUGAAUUAAUUGACGUGGAGGCACUUGAAUUAAGUCAAGUCAUGGUAGAUAUAAUCAAUGAAACUUUCAAACUUACUGUAAACAGUAAAGAUUAUCAAGUCAUCAACGAUGAACACGAUUUACCUAGCAUUGACCCUACUAAAUACAGAUUCAUCAAGAAAAAUUUGAUUAAAUCAGUUUUAAGUGCUUCUGAAUAUAUUGUCAAAUUAUUCAAUUCAAAGGGUCCCCAAUACUUUUAUCAUCAAAUU